UUCAAUCUGACGUGUACGGAUGUUUUCUGACAGUGGUCUACUCAGUAGCCCAAGGGAUUUUCUACCAAGAUGUCAAAGAAGUCCAAGAAGAAGAAGAAGCAGAAGAAGGAGAAGGAGACAAAGAAGUUAUAUUUUUCCUCCAGUGAGCAUUCGUCACAGAAGGAAAAGGGCACCAAGAAACGCAGUCGUGCAGAGGGGACGCACCAUGGCAGCUGUUCUGCAGAGGAGAAACGGGGGAGAGAGAAGAGAGUUAGCCACUCCACCCCAGGGAACAGUGCAGCAGGGAGCAGUCAUGAGAAAGACCGGGAGUUCAAAAAAGCUCUCUACAGACUGGAGAAAACAACGUCGCAGGGUGCAGCCGAGGGAAAAAACGCCUGUCCUCUUGGAACCCCUCCUCAGGACAGCUCUGUGAGGAAGAGUUGCCCCAGCCAGGAUGGGUCGGCUACCACCGGGGUCAAGACCGCAGACAGGGUGUCUUCCAAACCAGUCAGCAGUCUGAGCGCGAAUAAGACCCAGUCCCAAAAUGUGGAGAAGAUCCUUACAUUCCAGGGAAGCUCCAGUAAGCCAUCUGACAAGAGCCCCUCCAAAACAGCCUCGAGCAGACUGACGACCAGUCCCAGGUCCCUCAUGGCACAGCUGAAGGAGCAGAGGAAGACGCUGGUGAAAAGGAGAUCCAGACCUGAGGAGAAGCCUGGCAUUGGGAAGGACCACACCUCCCAAGGUAGGAGCUACCAGGACCCCCAACAGUCACUGGCUGAAGAGAUGAGGGAGAAGAGGAGGAAGCUAGUGAAGAGGAGAUCUGAAGAAGAAAAGGAGGAUGUUUUAAAGGCUAAACGGGACAAGAGUGGAGCAAAAUCCUAUAGUCUUCCCUCUAACAACACCACCACCACAAAGCAGUCGUCCACCUCUACUAAAAACGCUACCUUUGAGAAAAUCUCAAACACAGCAAGACAUAGGCCUACCACCCAAAAGCAGAGGAAUGUCUCUGAUCUGUCCAAAACAUCAGCAACAUCUAAGUCCACGUGUGCCGAGGUACAGAUGCCACUACCCAAACCUCAACUGCCUCUCAAUUUUAAGAUCCCAAAGAAGUCCAAACUUGUGCCACUGCCAGUUAAUAGAGCCAUCUGGGGGGGUGACCAGGAGGAUGAUAACGACAAUAAGCCCAUCAGUGCUAGAGUGAAGGUGGUGUCUCCUGCUUCUAGGCUUUCUCACCAGACAGGAAGUGCGUCCAAGCUUUGGACACCAAGGAGUGUGUCCAAAUCUCUGAACUCCAAAGACUGUGUGUCUGCUGCUGUGAACAGAAACAAGCAGCACAAAUGUGAAACGGUUCCAGAAUCUUCCAAAGGUUCUAAAGAAUUACGGCCCAGGUCAGCUCAGGGGAUGACAUCACCACCCUGUAACAGAACAACUUCCCCUGAAGAUUAUAUAGAAGUCUAUGAUAAUGACCAAGAGAUGCAGCUGGUGGAGGAGCUCCAUCUGGCCCGCAGUGAGAAGAGGCUGGAGCUGAAUGUGGUGGAGAUCUAUGGAGAACUCACCAGCAUGGACAUCGACCCAUCAGAGGAGGGAAUCACAUUCACACUCAGUAAAGAGGAGGAUCUUCAGCAGGAUCUGAUCAUUGUCCUGGACACCAACAUCCUUCUCAGUCACCUAGACUUUGUCAAGAAGAUGAGGUCACACGGCCUUGGAGCUCUAGGUCUCCCCACAGUGCUCGUACCCUGGGUGGUACUACAGGAGCUAGACUCUCUGAAGAACAGGAAGAGGCUGUCUAGCUCUGUAGCCCACCUGGCCACACCUGCCGUUCAUUACAUCUACACCUGCCUGAAGAGCCAGGAGCCUCGACUCUGGGGCCAGUCCAUGCAGCAGGCCUCUCAGAGCAGCCAGGGACUCAAUGCUGAGAAUAAUGAUGACAGAGUGCUGCAGUGCUGCCUGCAAUACCAGAGUCUUUACCCAGAUGGUGCUCUCAUCCUUUGCACUAAUGAUAAGAACCUGUGUAGUAAGGCCUUGCUGAGUGGGGUGAAGGCCUUCGGUAAGGCUGACCUGUUGGAGGAGGUAGACAGGCUCAAAACGUCUGGUGUCCACAACCUGACCCCUGUCAGCACACAGACACAAACCCUCACCUGCACCCCGAGCCAGACCCGUGACCACCAGAAACCCAGCCCCUUCCCAGGCCGGCAGCAGAAUGAACAGAGCAGGAGUGAUGGAGGGAAAGAGAGAGAAAUGGAAGAGAAGAGAAAGAAGGCUGCAGAAGAGGCCCGGGAGCUGAGCAGCUGUGUGUCAGUACUGGAGGACUGUCUGAAAGAGGCGCUGUCUCAGGUGCUGGAGAUUGAGAUGAAGGCAGCCUAUGAAGAACUGUGGACAGAGAUCGUAUAUCUGAAACCGCCCUGGACUCUUGAAGGGCUUCUGCAGUGUUUCAAGAAACACUGGAUCUCUGUUUUUGGCAACAUCGUCCCUCGAAAUCUGCAGCAAUCCCUGGAAAACCUUCACAACUACUUCUUUUCAGGUAAAUCAGUAGAGCGUAGCUCUACAGUGCUGGCUCUGUAUGAGGCUAGAGAGCUGCUGCAGGCCUUCGGCUGCAGGUCAGACUACGAUGGGCGUGUCCAACCGGCCCUCGCCUCCCUGAACACCCUGCUGCAGAGGAUACUCCCUCAGCCAGAGAAAGUCUCAGAGGAGACCCACACCAGUGACGGUGACACCCUCAUGGCGGAGGAGGAGGAGGAGGAGGAGGAUAAACGGACCACGCCUGCUCGGGUGUCACACCAGGAAGUGUGGGUGAUGUUUGAGAACAUCUGGAACAAUGUGUGUGGGAUCAGCUCUGCUGUUUUCGCCGCUCUCCGCUUUGACCCGGGCGCCAUAGAAACCAACCAGCCAGUAGAGGGUCCUCCCCUUCCCCAGGACGCCAUCUCCUGUCUGCACAGACUAUCUACUGCUGUCAGACAACUGCUACAGGCCUUUACCAGGGUUCUGUCAACAGACAGCUGUCUAGAAGAUGCCCAGGCUCUCCUCUCCUUCAUCCACUCCAGUGAGAUUGCUGCCAUGGAGCCCAGGUUCACUGCCAAAGACCUGUUGGACUGUCUCUCACAGCACGAGUACAGGGAGAAGCUGUGUGUGGGGGGGACCCAGUUGGCAGAGCUGAACAUCAGUCUAGAGCGCUGCGCUGAGGUCACGUCCCGGCAGGUCACACCAAGCACCUGGCCCUGAUUGGACCACAACCAGGAAGUUUGGACUAAAAUAUCCUACCAGAGGCCUCAAAUUGCAUCAUAUCACAACUCAACAACUUUACUUGAAGCCACUGCUUUCAUAUGGAGCUGAACUAUUUCAUUCAGCACCUUUUCUGACUUAAUUUAGUUUCUUGUGUGUGGAUGUUGGUGUAGAGCAGUGGUCAGUGGAUAAAGCCUUGUGUUCCUAUUUUCUUUAUUUAUGGGCUGCUUCCCAAAUGCGCAAUAGGGCUCUGGUCUAAGGUAGUGUACUAUAUAGGGAAAAGGGCUCUGGUCUAUAGUAGUGUACUAUAUAGGGAAUAGAGUUCUGCUCUAAAGUAGUGCACUAUAUAGGGAAUAGGGCUCUGGUCUAAAGUAGUGCACUAUAUAGGGAAUAGGGUGCCGUUUUGCUGUUUCUGGUGCUUCCUACAGUAGCCAUUUUGGGCCUUCAUCUCUUCACCAUCUCUACACAACAGUGUGUUAGUGGGGAUAUGGAUCUUCCAAAUAUGUUGUUAUCCUCACACAGACCAGGUUUCCAUCCAACCAUUUAAUGCGGAUGAAUGACCUGAUUUCUGAAAAGGUAAUUACCGGUCUGAUGGAAACAGGAUAUGCCGGUAAAAUUUUAUAAAUCCCGACAGAGAAUUUGUUCGUUCGACAUGGUGGGAUGUUUUUGUGUCUGUAAAAUUAAUUAUAAGAGAAAUUCGGGUGGAAAUGCCUUUAUGCGCAAAUAUUGAUAUAAUAACCAUCAUAUGGAAGUAAGCUUGGAGUCACGCGAUAAUAUGAUGUGUGAUGCUCCCACUAGGACUCAGGAAACCAUGCAGUUUAUUAGGCUACAGACUAAACAAGUUAUGAUGAACUUCACAGGGUGGUGAAAGUGCCCGUGAUGAGCUUGAUGCUUCUUUCCAAUACUCUGGUGACAUGAUGAUCAAUGUGGCUCCAUAAUAAUGUCAUCAUGCAAGUAGCCUUCCAGCACUGUGUCUGAGAGCAGUUGGCUAGAGAGCACGUGUCAAGACCAGAGUGGGCACAUUUGCUAUAGAACGCAACAGUUUUUGUGACAAAACCAUCAGUAGAGUUGAAAAUGUGAUGGAACCCUAUUGAACUUGUACUUUUCAUUCGCUACAUGGGACUUUAACCACAAACCUUAUUCUUAUGUGCGCUAUGUCAUCACGCACAGACUGAUGGAAAUGUCUCGGCUGGGAAAAUGCCUAUAUUAUUUUAUGCAGAUUGAUGAAUAUUCACAUGAAAAUCUGUCGCAAAUUGGAUGGAAACCUAGCUACUGGAUUGGAAAGUUUACACAUACAGAAUGGCAGUUUUUUCUGAUGUGUUUAAACUCUGUCAUCAUGCUACUCUCACUGUUACUAUGACCUAUGACCUUAGAUUGUAGUGUGGGUUUUCACUUUCAGCUUGCUGUGCUGUAUUAACGAAGACCUACACAAUAAACCCACAAUCUAUACAAAAAGACAUGACUGCUCACAUCCAUGAUUGAGCCAACAUCAUCUCCAUAUUCCUCAGCAUUCAGUAUUUUUUAAAUGUUCUUUAUUUACCUUUGUUUAACUAGGCAAGUCAGUUAAGAUCAAGUUCUUGGGCCCCCCGAGCGGCGCAGUGGUCUAAGGCACCACAUCACAGCGCUAGCUGUGCCACUAGAGAUUCUGGGUUCGAGUCCAGGCUCUAUCGCAGCCGACCGGGAGACACAUGGAGCGACCAUGACAUCAUCUUAAUAUUCCUUUUGCACCAUAAGUGGUACGCCAGGUGAUGUAAUGAAUGGUGAUUGGCUGCCAAUGCUCUCCCAGGCUGUGACUUACACUGGGAGUCAGACGGUUCAACGUGACAUGAACUAUGCUGUCUGUUAUGGCAUCAUGGCUUUGCUGUAGGCUUAUGAUAUGACCGUCUCAGGCCUGUUGAUAUUUAUCUUGGAUGUGUUCAUUUGUAAAGAUGUAAAUAGUUCAAUUAAAGCACAUAUUUUUGUUUGAACAACAAUGUACAAUUUAUUCUAACUCUUGUUAUACGAUGCAUUAAAGUUUUUGAAUUGAA